AUGCCUGGUCUUAUUCGUUUGAAACAAUCAGGUGGACUUGCUCCAUUAGAAACGAACAAUGGAGUGGCACAGAGUCUCAUCUACCGAGAUUCUAACGCGCGAGUUACAUGGGAAGGUGUUGAAACGUACAAACGAUGUAUUUAUCGUAAUUGGGUGCCAGGCGAAGAAUAUACGGAGGUACUAACAUUUAAGAAUCUGUCUGGAAAAAAUAUCACAUUCACCUACGAAGUGCCGAAAACACAAUAUUUCCGAACGGUUUAUCCUCGACGCUUAACAUUGAGUCAAGGCGUGACAUUUAGUUUACCAAUUCAAUUUAGUCCUUUAGAAAAAAUUCCUUACGUCGAUGAACUGGUUGUUUAUAUUAAUCAAACAGCGCGUCGGAUCGCUCUUGCUGGCCUUUUACCGCAAUAUCGUCUAAGUGUUGAACCAAAAGAGAUUAACUUUGGUUACUGUGCUGUACAAGACGUACAAACUCGUUCAUUCAAAUUACGUAAUACAGGUGAUCUAGAAACAAGUAUCGAAUGGAGUUUCAAUGAACCAUUCAUCAUUGAACCACGUGAAUGUGUCAUACCUGUGGGCGGAAUGCAAACAUUUACUUGUUCAUUUCAACCACAAUGGGCAUUGAUCUAUGUUGGCACAGCGACAUGCAUCUAUGGAAAUGAUUCUGUGUGUGAACUAAACUUACAUGGUACUGGCAAAUUUCCUCAUAUUGUUGUUCAAUCUGCUGAUGACGGUUGUGACGAGAAUACUGGCAAUAUUUUAGUACGUUUUGGAGAUAUGCCAAUGAACGGUUCAUUGAAACGUGACCUGAUUCUAAUUAAUCAAUCAGCAUUUCGUGUGCCGUUUCGCAUAGAAUCUCUGCCAGGUGUGGCUAAGUUCGACACAGCUUUUCGUUUUAGUAAAACCGAAGGAGUAGUGGAAGCUGGAAAACAACAAGUGAUUGCUGUUAAAUUUCAACCAAAAGCAUGCGAGCAGAUUUAUAAAGACUAUUUUAAUGUCACUACACAACAUGGAAAUCUGACAGCAGCUGUAGUCGAGUGCAGUGGAAAAGCGAUAGAAAACGUGGUUGAAAUCAAUCUUCAAAAGCUCAACUUUGGACAAGUUUUAACAAACAACAAAUCAAGUCGAGUUAUUGAAAUAUGGAAUCAAAAAGGAGCAACGCCUGCCCGUUUUCAGAUCGACACAUCUUCAGACAGUCCGUUUCAAUUCUCCACUCAAAAUGGUAUUUUACCAGGUGAUGGAACAAAACAAACGAUUGUCGUUACAUUUGCACCUGUACAUCCGAUGGGCUACUACAAAGUUGUUCCGAUUCUCAUCGAAUAUCAGUCCCCUAUUCUUCUCGAACUAGUUGGUACGUGCCAUUCUGAUACAGGCAAACCACCCGUACUCAAUGAACGUUAUGUAUCGAAUUUCAAACGGCAUAUCGCCCGUCAUUUAGCAUUGUAUCCGUUCGAAAUGUAUAGUGAUUAUCUACAACGAGGAAAACUAACUUUAGAUGAAUACGGUUCACUCGUUGAAGUAUCUGAUUCGCCAAUCAGUAAUGAUAGUAAAGCAAUCAAAGAUGAACGGGAAUAUCUCGUUCUACCCUUAUCCAAUCCGUUGAAAGAUAAUUAUUCGUAUUGGUUCUCGAAUGAAGAUAAUACCAGAUUCGAAUACGUGACAUUAAGCGAACCGUAUUUCAUUUUUGACCAUUGCUUAUUGGAUACUCAGAACGAAUGGCAGCAAAGUUUAACUGUUACAAACAUCACACGUGGAAAAUUAACGCUCGUGUGGCUUUCAACAGAUUCGGUCAACUUUUCGAUAUCACCAACCGAAGCAGAAAUUCUGCCUCUAAAAUCCACAGCAUUCCGGAUUAUAUUUCGACCGACAGUCGUUGAUACAUUCUAUACGAAACGGUUCGAAGGUUAUGUUUCUUACAAAAACCAACGUGAUUUUACACUCGUACCUGACUAUGGCAUCGCAUUACCUGUACAACUAGACAUCAAUUGUAUUGGUGAUACACUACGAACGAAUCAUGAAAUUGUUCCAUCGUACCAAUUUGAUCGCGAUAUUAUUAUCUUUCCACCAAUUGGCGAACAAGCAUCAAUUUAUCAAACGUUAACAUUAACGAAUAAUGGUACAACUCCAUUAAUCUAUCGUUUUCUUUCGACAGUCGAUGAAUUCGUCAGUCAGUUCACAUUCAAACCAUCCAAUGGUUGUAUUAAACAGGGUGACUAUGCGAUAAUAAUUGUUCGUUACAAACCUAGCCGUUUUAAUUCAAAUACUGAUAUUCAACAAGAACGCAUCACUGUUCGCUUGAAUGAACGCGAGAAAUUUGAUAAAAUUCUGCAUGUUUUUGCUACACAAGACAAAGCUCGAUUGUUCAUACCUAACAAUGGUAAUAUUCAUGCAUUGACAACGUGUGUUGGCUUGAGUUCGGAAACGCAUAUUCAAUUAAAAUCAUUAACGCGCUCUCCAUUAGAAUUCAGUUGGACAUUAGAUAAAAAUAUUCCGUUGAUACGUAUUGAGCCAUCGAAUGGUUCGUUUCAACCGUACGAAGAGAAAGAUUUUCUUGUUACUUAUUCGCCAACUGAAGAGGGCAAGAUCUCCAUGGCUGCGAAAUUAUCCUGUUGGAUUGGUGAUCGAUCUAAGCAAGGUGCCGAAGCAUAUCAUGUGACCAUUCACGCGUCGACACGGGAGGGCUUUCUUCGUCCUAGCGAAGCACACCAUGAUAUCGGUCCAGUUGCAUUGGGAACAUCAACUACGUAUGAUCUCUAUUUUACCAACGGUGGUGAUUGUUUACUUCGUUAUCGUCUCUAUGUCAAACAAACAGUAUCAAAUAACAGUAAAUCGAACGACGAAGAUGAAGAAUCUAUAAUCGAAUUUCUUUCCGAUCGUGAUGGACAAGGUGAAAUUGAUGGCAAAGCAAAAGUUUGUGUUCCAUGCCGCAUCCAUCCAUUCAGUCGAUCAAACUAUCAGCUAGAUUUUUACUACGAUUUACUAAAUGACAAUAAUCAAAGUUUAAGCGAGCACAGCCAUCAUUUGUGUACAUUAACUGUACAUGGUGUUUAUCCACAUUUAGCAUUUAUUGAUAUUCUUGGCUCACAACAAGCAGCAACAUUGAGCAAAGGUCUACUAUCGCAAGCGUUCAACUUAACGAAAAUCAAUGCUCUAUUAGCAAAAGAGCCAACUGCUGAAGAAUUGACUUAUGCGAUUAAUUCUCAUAGUGAACAUAUGAACGAUGUAUGCACGAAAAGCAAAUCGAAAAAUGAACCAUCGCCUGUGCCAUCCGAUGAUCAACCAGAAGCCAUUGUUUUCAACUUUAAUGCAGCACCCAUUGGUUCUCCUUCAUCAGAAGUCCAUUUACUACUCGAAAAUUGCAGUGAUCUCGAUACAACAUGGGCAUUCCUGUUUCCCAAAGAUCUUCAAAUCGAACUAGAAUACUGGUCUCGAACAGGAGAAUUUUCUGAAGAAGAAUUGAACGAUAUGAAAUUACAAGAUAAUAAGAUAUUCAAUAUUACACCAAGAAAAGGUUUUCUGAAGAAAGGUGAAAAUGCCACGGUGACAAUUUCUUAUAAGCAUAUCUUUGCCGGCCAACAUACAUUACCAGCUAUCUUUAAAGUUGGUCGAAGUCGAAAAAUUAUGCUGAAUUUAGUUGGCAUCAGUGUCGAGCCUGAAGAAGUUUACAUUCAAUUUUAUUCAACUUUACAUCAUCUGUUACCGGUAGAAUUAGGAGCACAAGGAGCACCUGUACAACAAUACGAACUAUACAAUGGUGGAACCGUUCCUAUUCAUUUCCAGGUUGACAUGAGUCAAUUAGAACAAAUUUCUGUUGCAAACUAUGGUUUUUGGGUGCUUGAUUGUUUGACACCUGAAGGAAUUAUAGCUCCUAAUAAAAGUUUUAUUACUCAAUGGGUCUUUAAUCCACUCGAAGCACGUGAAUAUACCUUUAACAUCAAAAUUGAUCUGGAAAAUUGUGAUCCCGCUCGGAUCACAUUUGUGGGCCACGGUUUCGACAAACGGAAUAUUCCGCUCGAUAUCGCCAAAUCUCUUGCAACUCAUUUGGAAACAACAAAACAACUGAACUUGAAUGAACGUCUGGCAUCAUUAACAGCUGAUCGUAUGAACUUUGGUAAUUUACCAUUAUUUACUAAACAACGUCAUAUCACAUUUUUGAAAAAUCAAUCAAACAGAGAUGCAAUCUCAUUUAUUUGGCAUGUCACAAAUCCUGAACAGGUUCGACAUAUUCGCAUACAACCAGUUCGAGGCAAAAUCCAACCACGUCAAUCAAUGCCCAUCAAAGUUACAUUUAUGGCGAUCGAAGCACCUGCUUUUCAUGAUAUCGAUCUCGUGUGUGAAAUAUAUAACGAAACAACCUUGGAACAAUACAAUCAGGAGGUGAAGAAAUGGGAAGCUGGCAUUCAACAGAGAUGGGAACAUUUGGAAAUUGACGAUGAAGAAUACGAACGAUGUUUACGUAGUGGUGUUAUUGACGAAAAUGAAAAAGCACCACCGCCGAGAAGUCGAUCGUUACAAGGCUCAACAUUGGAAAUGUGUCAAACAUUGCCGCCAGUGAUUGUUAAUUAUGAACUUGAAGAGACCAAUCUUGAUCGUGCAAGACGUCAACGUGCACUUAUGAAAAAACAAAUGAAUAUGCGACCACAGAUGCCUGCGCCUGAAUUGUUACAUUUAGCUUUUACAGCACGUACUUUAGUUUAUAAUGAAUAUGUCGAUCUCUGUAGUGAUACGAGUCAAUUGGAAAAAUUCUUUAUCGACACAUGUCUAGGUGGUGAUUAUCAGAAUGCAAAUCUGAAGAAACGUUCGAAAUUGAUCGAUGAAAACGAUGCAUCCGAUGUUGCCAGCGAUGAUAGAUUACUAGUUAAAAAUGAAGAAGCUGAUUUACUACGAACAACCUUAUCUGAUUUACUACGAAAUCUUCUUUGUGAUCGCGUUUUCGCCGACACAUUACCUGAAAUGAUCGCCGAAUCGGUUCCUUUCUUUGCACAAUUACAGUUUACUUCGCCAUCAAAGACAGAUAACGAACAACGACCUGCUAGUGGAUCAUCGAAAGACGAAAUCAAUGUUGUCGAAGGUGAACAGAGUCUGGUUUGGUCAAGUGUUGAUCAAGAACAAAUACCUAUGCUUUCAAAAACGCCGCACUCGAUUGUAUCUCAACCCAAACGUCUUCUCUCAACAUCGUCAUCGUCCUUAUCUGAUCUCGAACAAAAGCAAACUUCUGCUACAUCUCCGCAUAUAUCCUACAAUCCUAAUGUACGAUCGUUAACCGAAGAUAUUCUGGAAAAUACCUUGUGGAAUAUUUUACAAGAAGCGUACCACAGCGAAUUCAGUUUAACUUCUCGGCCACGUUUAAUUGCUUUGCCACCGAAACGUCAAUCACCUGUGGUACCACGAGUUCAUCUUCAACAAAUGGACUCGAAUCAACCGAAUUUCACAGCACCACCACCGACACUCCCUCCUCCUCUCAUCAUGACCGAAGCGUUCGAUUAA